AUAUAUAUAUAUAUAAACACCCUCUUAAUUCAAUGUUCUUCCUAACUGAUCUCUCGUUUGCUCUUCAACUAGAACUCGAAAUCUGGGAUUCACGUACGAGCGCUGUCAUCUAUUGUAUUUGCAUGUGGGUGGGAUGAGGCAACCGGGAGCCUAUUCAGGGAUGUUGACGGGGCGAUUGAGCGGGAAGAUGGGGCCGCAUUCGCUGCCGCUGGCGAGGAUAAAGAAGAUAAUGAAGAAGUCCGGGGAGGAGGUGAAGAUGAUAUCCGGCGAGGCGCCGAUCGCGAUGUCUAAGGCCUGCGAGCUGUUCAUAGAGGAGCUGACGAGGAGGUCGUGGAUGGUGACGAUGCAAAGCAAGAGAAGGACCCUCAACAAGGAAGACGUUGCCUCCGCCGUCAUGGCCACCGAUCUCUUCGACUUUCUCGUCUCCUUGGUUUCUUCUCCUGAUCAUAGCAGUUCUCACCACAGCCCUGCAACAACAAUGGAAGUCCAAGAAGAGACUCUCUCUCACACAUAAUGAUCUCGGUUUAUAAUUUUGCUUCUUUUCUUUUGUUUUGAGUGACCGGACCUUCAGCCCAACUAAUUUCAUUUGUCCGUGUAUAGUA